AUGAGUAGUAAACAUAUAUUGAUAUUAACGUGUUUUGGUUUAACAAAAAAUCCAACAGAUGGAUGUUAUAUGCUUGUAACAUUUCAAAUGCAGUCGAAUUUAAGAAAAUAUUUAAAAUUACAUCAUAAUGAACUUAAAUGGAAUGAAAGGAUUAAAAUUAUUCAUAGCAUAACAUAUGCACUUUUGAAUAUUUAUCGAGAAAAUAUAAUUCAUAGAGAUUUACAUUCUGGAAAUAUAUUAUACCAUCAAAUUGAUCAAACAUUUCGAAUUAGCGAUCUUGGAUUUUGUGGACCAGUUGACAAACCAUUAGAUAGUAUAUACGGAAACCUUCCUUAUGUAGCACCUGAAGUCAUUGCUGGAAACGGAACUACUUUUGCAUCUGAUAUUUAUAGUUUUGGUAUGCUUAUGUGGGAAGUUUCAUCUGGACAACCUCCUUUUAUUAAUUAUGCACAUGAUUUUGAUCUUGCAAUGAGAAUAAUCAAUGGAAUGAGACCCAAAAUAGUACCGGGGACUCCUUUAGAGUAUCAAGAAUUAAUGAAACAAUGUUGGGAUGCCGAUCCAAAAAAAAGACCCAAUGCUGAUAUUCUUAUUAAAAAACUCAUACAUUUACAAAAUCCAUACCAAAAUACAAUUUCAGAAACUAAUACAAAUAAUACGUUGGAAAUAAAUGAAACCAAUAUUAACGACACAAAAUUCCAUAACGAAGAUUCUUAUAACUUUAGCAUUGAUGAUAUUGAUAAUUCGAGUAAUAAGAGUAAUAAUACAUCAAGAUCAUACAAUAUUAUCUUCAGUAAGUACCGGGAAUUAGACCUUAAAGCUUCAAAGACAAAUUCAAGUAGUAAUGAUAAACAGAGUGAAAGUCCAACAAAAUUAUCAGACCCAAAUGAAGCAGAUGAUUAUAAAAGCAAAACUAUACAACAAACAAAAAAGCAUACAAGUAUCAUUGAAGAUAUUAGUAAAAAAUUAACCAAAACAUUUAGCCGAAUAAAAAUAAAUUCAAGUAAUAAUUAUUGUAUUCAAAACGAAGAUAAUGAAGGAAAAACCGGUAUUGUACCAAAAAUUUUUAAUUUAUAG